AUGAAAUUCGUGGCCUUACUAAGUGGAGGAAAAGAUUCUCUCUAUGCACUUGCCAAAGCUUUAGAAAUGGGCCAUGAAUUAGUAUGUGUUGCUAACUUAUACAGUGCGGUUCCAUGUCAAUAGAUCUCGUAUAUUUAACGUGGACAUUUUUUAUUGGGAAAUUUGCGAAUAUUUUGAUUAUUAGAAAUCUGACCAAUAAAAAUUGUUAAAUUUUGAUCAAAUACCAUGCUAUUUAAAAUUUUUGACUCAUUUUCUUUGUACACAAUCAUUGGUCCUCCAUACAGUGCUUCAGAAGAAGACAGCUAUAUGUUCCAAACAGUUGGCACAACUUUAGUUCCAGCAAUCGCAAAAUCAUUAGGAACCAACAUAGUUACCAGGAGACUUAUUGGUAAAAGCAUAAAUAAAGAAUCUGCAUAUAUCCCAACUGAAAAUGACGAAAUAGAAGAUCUUUUCAAGCUAAUUCAAGAAGCAAAAUAUAGAUAUCCUCAAAUAGACUCUGUUGUAAGCGGAGCAGUUCUUAGUGACUACCAAAGAGCCAGGGUUGAGAAUAUCUGCUCAAGAUUAGGACUAUCCAGCAUUGCUCCACUGUGGAGAAUGGACCAAAGAGAGCUCCUCAUAAAAAUGGUAGAAGAAGGCUUCGAUAGCAUUUUAAUCAAAAUUUCUUCAAUGGGACUUGGCAAAGAACAUCUCGGUCAAAGAAUUGCAGACCUUAUCAGCUAUUUUGAUGGCUUAAAAAAGAAAUACGGAUUCAAUAUGUGUGGGGAAGGCGGAGAAUACGAAAGCUUGAUUUUGGAUGCCCCAAUUAUGAAAUAUAAAAUUGUGAUUGAAAGCUCAGAAGUUGUUACAGAUAAAUCUCCAGACUAUUCUCCAUAUGGGCAUUUACAAAUUACUGGGCUUUCUCUUUUGAAUAAAGAGACUGGAGAAAAGGAGCCUUAUUGUGUAGAAGCAAUUUCUUAUCCUAUAUCAAUUUACAGUGGUCUAUUUAUAUACGAAAAUAAAUAACAGAAAUUUUCAUUUACCAUAAAUUUUAUAAAUUAUUCCGAAAUAUUGAAGAAUUUUAUACCCCAGAGCUAGACGUUGCAGCUUUUGGAAUGCCACAUGGGAGCAUAGAGCAUGAAGCCUUUUUGAUACUAAAAGGCCUUGAAGAAAUACUAGAAAUUCAUGGAUUUUCUAUGAAAGAGAUUUAUUAUGUAGUUGUUUUCAUAAAAGACAUGAGAAACUUUGCUGCUUUUAAUGCUGUUUACUCUAAGUUUUUCAAUUUUCCUAACCCACCUAGCAGAGUGCUAUGUGAAUAUGCAAACCAAAGUUGCCAAGUCAAGCUAAUGGUGAAAGGGACUAAAGAUGCAAAAAAAUGCACAUGGGUCCAAAGCAUUUCGCCAUGGGCUGUAGCAAAUAUCGGACCUUAUAGUCAAUCCUAUAAGGUUAACAGCUGUUUGCAUAUGGCAGGAGUUAUCCCUCUUGUCCCAUCCACAAUGCAAAUAGCUACUGAUCAGGUAUCUCAGACUUUUAAAAACUGUGAAGCAGUAGCAGAAAUUAACGGAUUUAAGCUAGAAGAAUCUGAAAUGUGUGUUGUCUAUUAUGCAGGAGAAAAGCCUGAUAUUGAUGAACGCUAUAAUCCCUUCUGGGUUAAGCCUACAGGAAUUCCGAGAAAUUGUGCUUUAGAACUAGAAUUUCAUUUGCAAAAAGAUAUGCCUGCUUUUACUGCUCAAGAAACUGAAUUAGAAGGAUAUGAGUUUAAAGCUACCAUAAAAAGAAGAGAAAUUAAAGAAUUUACUUACUUUUAUUGGUAUUUGACCAUAGAAAAUGAUGAAAAUACAGAAGGGCUUAUUGAAGCUUUGAAGGAGGAGCUAGAUAGCUAUUUUUCAGAGGUGAGAAGCAAAUCGCCAUCAGUAGCAGAACAAUUGUUAGGUGCUGAGCCUAUUUCGGUAAAGAUAGAGGACUAUAUAGCAGAUUUAAGAAUAUUUUCAACACAUCCAAAUGAUUAUAAAAGUGGGUGGCUGCUAAACGUGCCUUGUGCUUUUAUUGAUUCAGAAACUAAUGGGAUCUUGAUAUAUGGGAGCGAUCCUUUGCAGUUAGCCACUUAUCAUUUCAUUAAUAAUAAAUUAAUAUGGCGGAGACGACCACCCGACCUCUUGACGCAAUUUCCUCAACACCUGCAGGGAACGCCCAGAUGGAGAAACCAAGUCGAGAUACAGGUUCGGCAUCAUUAAUUAUUCCGGCAGAGGUUUUCCUCAUGACACAGGGUAUGAUACCUGGGACAUGGGCUUUUUUCCUCCUGGCAUGGAAUUGGAAGGGCACAGUCGGCCAUCGUCCCCGAGAUUAGGUAUGAUCCCUACUCGAAUUAGGGACCCUGAAGACAGCAGGUGCCUAGCGUGAAACUGGGAGUUACGCCCCAGGCUCCAGCCGAUAGCGAACGGACGUCCUGGGAGCAAGUCAGGUAGUCGAUGCCUAAGUGAGGCAGACGGUGUCAGUCGGGGCCCUUUAGUGUGGUGACGAAUUUGCAGAGGUGAGAAUCCUCGGCCGUCUUUAAGCAAGGCUUAUAAUCUUAUCUAAUCUAAUCAUUUCAUUAAUAACUCUUAA